CACGAGAAGACUUGUUUCAAAAUCUCUGCAUCCUAUGAGACCAGGUAAAACUUUGCAAGGCAUGAAGAUUUGAAGACCCCCAAGACUUAUAGAAUUCUGUAUUUUACUGCAAACUAAACUCGGCGCAAGGCUGGCUCGGCCGCCUCCGAGCGAACCUCGAUCCAACCGACGACAGCCUUCACAUUGACCGACGAACCAGCCUAUCAGACGUCUCUUAUCUGCUAGAUGUCUUAGUUGCUUUGGCCGGAAUCUGGAUCUCCUAGUCGACAGCUGUGCCGUCUUUCCAGAUAAGACUUGUGGAUGCGGAUACAUAAAGCUCCCAGCUCCCGCUUUCGAACUCUCAUCCACUUCAAUCAAGCAUCACCUCACACAUUCAAGCCCUUGCCAGACUUAAGCCACAACUCUUACUUUCAGUACGUCCCUGCCAAUUGACAUUGACUUAAGUUUCCACACCUUACCCAAAAAUGGCCUCAAUUGCUUCUGCUCGUUAUGGCAAGGACAAUGUCCGCGUCUAUAAAGUCGAGCGAGAUGAGAAGACGGGCGUGCAAACCGUCACCGAGAUGACCGUCUGCGUGCUAUUGGAGGGUGCUAUCGAGACCUCAUACACCAAGGCAGACAACAGCGUGGUUGUUGCUACAGACUCUAUGAAGAACACCGUCUACAUCAAGGCGAAGGAGCACCCCGUCACCCCUCCCGAGCUCUUUGGCAGCAUUCUCGGCACUCAUUUCAUCGAAACAUACUCUCACCUGACCGCUGCGCACAUCAAAAUUGUCACACACCGCUGGACAAGAAUGACGAUAGAUGGCACGCCACACCCGCACUCUUUCUACCGUGAUGGAGCCGAGACUCGUAACGUCGAGGUUGUAGCGCGGAAAGGGAAGGGACUCGGAAUCCGCAGCGGCAUCGCCGGUUUGCUUGUGCUGAAGAGCACGGGCUCGCAAUUCCACGGCUUUGUUCGAGAUGAAUACACCACGCUUCCUGAGGUCUGGGACAGGAUUCUGUCAACUGAAGUCGACGCCAAUUGGUCUUGGAAGACAUUCCCUAAUGUUGCUGCAGUUACAGCAGCUGUUCCCAAGUUCGACAAGGCUUUCGAUGACGCUAGAGAUAUCACAAUGAAGACUUUUGCCGAGGAAGACAGCCCAUCCGUCCAGAACACUAUGUACAAGAUGUGCGAAUACAUCAUGGAAGCCGUCCCAGAAGUCGAAAACGUGGACUACUCCCUCCCUAAUAAGCACUAUUUCGAAAUUGACUUGAGCUGGCACAAGGGCCUGAAGAACACCGGCAAGGAUGCCGAGGUCUACGCCCCUCAAUCAGGGCCUAAUGGGCUCAUCAACGUCACAGUUGCUCGUUCGCAAACAGCAGCCAAACUAUAGAGAAGACUGCUUUGUACAAAAACAUAACGCCCUUCAUGAAAUACACGUCGGCAUUAGGCGCAUGGUAAAAAGGUUGCUUCAGCGUUGAUUAACGCCAGAUUGUAAAUACUAGUUGCAGAUACCAAUACAUCAAGUGUGCACAA